AUGCAAGAAUUCACAGUUGUAAUUGUAGGUGCUGGUCCUUCUGGCCUAGCAAUUUCAGCUUGCCUAACACAGAACUCCAUCUCUCAUAUCAUACUCGAAAAAGAAGAUUGUUGUGCUUCUCUUUGGAGAAAAAAUGCUUAUGAUCGUUUAAAUCUUCAUUUGGCUAGUGAGUUUUGCUCUUUACCCCUCAUGCCUCACCCACCCUCAGGACCAACAUACCUAUCCAAAGACCAAUUCCUUCAAUACAUAGACAAAUAUGUCGAACAUUUUAACAUAAAACCUUGCUACUGUCGCAUGGUUGAAUCCGCUGAAUACGAUGAAGUUGGAAACAAAUGGAGGGUUCAAACAAAGAACACACAAGACGACACAUUGGAGGUUUAUGUGUCGAAUUAUCUUGUGAUUGCCACUGGUGAAAAUAGUGAAGGUUAUAUUCCUAAUGUGCCUGGACUAGGCAACUUCGAAGGAGAGGUGAUGCACUCCAAAUACUACAAAUCUGGUUCAAAAUACGAAUCAAAAAAUGUUUUGGUAGUUGGGUGUGGUAACUCAGGAAUGGAGAUUGCUUAUGACCUCCACAAUUGGGGUGCUAGCGCUUCCAUUGUCAUUCGAAAUCCGCUGCAUGUCUUCACUAGGGAAAUGAUUCACCAAGGAAUGCGUAUGGUGAAGUAUUUGCCGGUUCAUAUUGUGGAUACAUACAUUACUCUUUUGGCAAAACUAAAAUAUGGUGAUCUGUCUAAAUAUGGAAUUUAUCGUCCCAAAGAGGGACCUUUACAUCUCAAAAAUAUUACAGGAAAGUCUGCCGUUAUUGAUGUUGGAACCAUUGGAAAGAUUAAGGAGGGUGCUAUAAAGGUUGUUCCUUCAAAUAUAACCAGAAUUGAGAAGAAGAAAAUUGUCUUUGAAAACAAUGUAGAAAGAGAGUUUGAUGCAAUUGUUUUUGCUACCGGCUAUAAAAGUAUAGCUAAUGGAUGGCUCAAGGACUACAAAUAUGCUCUUAAUGAUAAAGGAAUGCCUAAAAAUGCUUUCCCAAAACAUUGGAAGGGGGAUCGUGGAUUGUAUUGUGGAGGACUUGCAAGGAGAGGCUUAUGGGGAGUCAAAGUGGAUGCUGAAUCAAUUGCUCAAGACAUCAACCAAAAUCUUAAUCUACAUGAUUAA